AUGGUGAUUUGCAACCAGGAAAUUCAACCCGGCAGGCGAGCCGAAACAUGCCGGCUGGAGAAGUAUAAAGCCCGGGGCGGGCGGGGAAGAAAGAGAAGCGCCAAGAGCACCGAAUGGCGCCUCAGCCUUCCUCGGGGAGCCCGGCCAGCGCCGAGGGCCUUGCGGAGCCUCUCGCCCAGCCGGCAAAAGCAGACUCUCGACCACCCGCCAAAGCCCCCAUCUCUUGCCCGCAGCUCCUUCGCUCACCUGCCGGGAAGGGAAGGGCGAGCGGGCGCCGGAGAAGAGGCAGUAGAAGGCAGCAACGGCUGGCCCAAUCGCCGCCCAGCUCCCGACUUUCCUCCGCCGCUUCGGCUGCUCUCAUUCAGUACCGGGAGCCGCUUAGCGGAGGUAGGGGAGGAAUCUCUCCCUCCACACACGCGCGCCGCUCAGGACGGCAGGGGAGGGAAGGCAAGAAGGGCGCAUGCGCCCACCAUUCUCCUCUCCUGGAAUUCGGCUUGCUGGAAAAAAAAAAAAAAGCGCGCAGGCGCCGACCGCUCGAUCUCCAAUGCGAGUGUAGAGAGGCCUAAAAUCGAAGGCGAGAACAAUACCAUUUUGUCUGUCUUCGAGGAAUUCCGUUGGAAUCGGCUCCCCUCGCUUCUUGCCAUUUGGUCUCCUUGGGUAGCGCCGGGGGCGAGAAGGUGGCAAACCGACGCCACGUGCUGUGUGAAAGCCUCCAAAGGCGCUGCGGCCAAUGUAAAGCCUGUCAGCCAGCUCCCUUUCACAGCAGGGGCAUUUCCCAGAUAAUGUGCUGCGGGAAGGCACACCUUUAUGCUAAAAAGCGGUCGCUUCGCGGAACUUCGCCGUAGGUAAAACGCACUUUAAACCGAGAAGAAGGUUAAAAAUACGCCCCACUGCAUCGAGUGUCGGUGUAUUUAGCGCUGUAUUUUAUUCAAGUACACGGACUUUCUGAGCGCUCAAAGCCAGGGGCUGAAGUGCGUGACCUGUUUAUCCAGUCCCGCGUUGGGUGGCCUUCCUUCGCCUGGUCCUGGAGAACCUGGGACCCCCCCCCCCCCCCCCCAAAUUCACCCUGUGCCUUGGAAGCUAAACUGGGUGACUUUGAGACUAUAUUUUUUCCCCCAGCUUUAAGUACCUUGCAGGGCAGUUGUUAGGGGAUGGGAAAAGCAAUAAAAUGCAUUCCUGAACAAAAGGUGGGAUAUAAACCUCUAAAACUACAUCGCUGUCUAAAAUACUUGACUUACUGUGUUAAUUUUUUUUUUCUAGAAAUGUGGGAGGUGCAAAUAGUUGCUAUCUUGCAGAAGAAAAUAGCUGAGUUGCCAAAUAUGUUGGAAAAAAUAUAUUAGACUUAUCUUUUAAAUAAUGGCUGUAGUUAAAGGGAAAAGAGCACUGCAUAUAAUAAUAUCUUAUGUAAUUAUAAAGCCAUCAGUCCUUGUCAAUUGCACUGAUCACCAUUCAAAUAGAGUAAUUCUAGAGGUUUAUCUGCUAAGUUCCUGAUACAAAUACAUCUGUCAUCUUGUUUAAAUCCUUACCAUAUGUUUUCCUAUACACUUUAAUCCUUGAUAGUAAUUAAUCAGCUACUGUGGAAGACACCUGUUCUUUUUCAUUUCCUUUUAACUAUGGUUGGUUGUUAAAAGUCCUGCUUUAGUAAGUUCAAAAAUACCCAAAAAUUAAUAAAUAAAUAAAUCUUGUAUAACCUAA